AAAAAAAGUAUUCACCUGGGCAAUGAAAUGUUCAACGUUCAAUUGUUUCUAACAACUUGAACAUUCAAUACAUCAAUACUUCAGGAUAACUAUAUAGAUUUUUAAACCUUUGAGGAUCAGCAGUUCAAUUGCACUGCAUAUUACUAACUGUAUCAACUGUACCAACUGUACCAACUGUACCAAGGGCAACGGCACGUACCAAAGUACCAGCCCCAUACAAUACAUAGCGCAUUACAGUGAACCUUGAAGUUUGUAGCGAACCAGCUGCCAAGGAUUCACUCUCCAAAACCUCACUUCACUAGACCUCAUUCUUUAAACAUACGCGAAAUCACCCUCUACUCGAUCCAUCGUCUCAUCACCAUAUUUAUCAACUCUUUCAUAAAAAUCACUUCUUCCAUCUAUUUCGAUGUCGCUCGUUAUUCCAAUGCCAAUUUAGGGCCUUCCCGAAGCCCUAUUUCCGAAUCGACGCGACCGUCUUUUCUACCCGCAUGGCUACCGCCACUACCCUAUCACUUUAACACGCCCGUCAAAGGCAACAUAUCAUGUCCAUCAUGAACGGCCAAAACACUUGGCCACCACCUCCAAAACAGGAAAACCAUGUCAUUGGGAAACGUCCCUUUCGUCAAAUUGUUGAUGGUCCUUCGCGAUCUAACGAUAACAUGGAUAAUUCCGCCGCGUCGGUGCCUGAGGCAUCAGAUGCUGAUGAGGAAAGUGUGCAAGCCCAGUUGGACGAAUCAUAUCGCCAGGCUGAGGAAAAGAUUGCGCUUAUGUUCGCACCUGACGGUUCAAUUAACCAUGAUGUAAUAGCGUUGUGGCUGCGACCUCGUAGUCCUUCCGCCCCGCCUCCGACUACCGAUCAUUCCGCUAUUCAAGAACGUCCUGCUAAGCGAGUUAAGAGAAUUAUUGACGAAGACGACUACGGUGAUGACGAUGAUGAAGACGAAGAGGAGGAAGACGAGAGAAUACCCAAUGCCCCUCACAUCAACUCUUUACAAUCUAAAUCCGCGGCCGCCACCGCGUCUAAAGCCCUCCCAUCUCCCUCCAAGUCGGGGAGCUCUCCUAUACCCUCUGCAUUAUCACCUGGAAAGCCAAGGGAUGAUGGCUCUCAGCGAUCGCAAGCGUCGCAGGCCCAAGCGAGCAAUUCCGAAGACGCGCGCAAACAGCUAGAAGAGGCGCGAAAAUACACCGAGGAAGCUGCCAAGCGCAGUUUCCAUACUAUCUUUUAUACCCUAGAGAACGAUCGUGCAGCUAUGCUAGAACAGCAGCAACUAGAGGAGUCCGAGAAGCAAUUGCAGGCCGAAAUGGACAAAAAUACCAGCAACAACGCGAAUGGAGGCACCUCUGGCGAAAAUCACGGUUCUCUUAGCAGUGCCAACCUAGGCGCGUCAAGUCUCACCCUUAAGCAUCUCAUUGCGCGCAUAGAUAUGAAGCGCGACAUGGUGCGCGCAUCAGACGCAGAGCUGCGCUCGUUAAUGAACGAAGUCCGCAAAAAUCGGAGCAAGUGGGCCAGUGAGGAGAAUGUCAACCAGGAGGAGCUCUACGAAGCUGUAGAAAAAGUCUUGACGGAGCUCAAGGCGCAUACCGAAUACUCCACUCCAUUCCUUCAGAGAGUAAAUAAGAAGGAUGCUCCGGAUUAUUAUAAUUUCAUCAAACAGCCUAUGGAUCUCGGAACAAUGACCAAGAAGCUCAAGGCAUUGAAUUACAAGUCCAAGACCGACUUUGUCACGGACCUUAACCUAAUAUGGGACAACUGCCUACGUUACAACCAGGACAUGAACCACCCCUUGAGACGCAUGGCCAACGGCAUGCGCAAGGAAGCCGAAAAGCUCAUACCGUUGAUUCCCGAUCUCGUCAUCCGCCCACGUGCCGAAGUGGAGGCUGAGGAGAGGCGCAAGCAGAAUGGCGGCGAUGAUGACGGCGGCGAUGAUUCAGACGAUGAGCCGAUAAUGUCGUCUCGUGGUCGAAUUGCUGGCGGAGCAAAGGGGACGAAGUCAAGGAAAACUCACUCGGACCAGAAAGAGAGCACGCCCAAUGGGGAGCAGAAGCCCGUGCUCCAACUCAAUGGCCUACUCGCAAAAGCUCACCGAGAAGGAUCCGAACUCGAUGGGAGUAAUGGCUUCGCAACACCGCCUAUCGGUGGCUCCAUGACACCUAGUGGACUCAACGGCCAUUCGGGAGUAGGUAGCAAUGUGGAUGCUAUGGACAUCGACGGGCCUGAGUUGAAUGGUAUGGCUCUGGGACAGGCGCUGAACGAGGCCGCCCAGACGUAUGAGGACGAGGAGUACAAGAUCUGGAAGCAAGUGACCAAGAAAGAUCGGGCCUUGAUCACCAAGGCACGAUAUCAGUUAUUCAAGGAUAGAAGGUUGAAUGUUGAUGAGCCUGCCUUGCUUCGGACCAAAGCGGGCAUGCGUCGAUAUAUGCGUAGCCGACAGCAGGCAGAAGCCUACUUCCGCAUAGGUGGUCAGACUGAAGAAGAUUCGUCAUCUGGUGCCAGCAAGGAUGCCAAGGCAACUGAGACAUUGGCAGAGGGCAUGGAGGAGGACGAGGAGAAAGUCAUCCCCGAUUAUUAUGAUCCCCAGAGCAUGAUCCCCGACAUCCCACCAAAGCUUCAGUGGAUCGAGGACAACGAAGGUCAGGUCAUCAAUCAACAUGAGGAUUAUCUUCGUACCAUACCACCGGGAUUGUUCACGGCUCCCAAGAGCAGCCUAACCCAGAAGUUUGAUGCCAAUAUUCGACAGAUGCAGGAGACGAGGAAGGUCUGCUCGAAAAUUGGCGUCAUUAAACAGAUGCAACUUCAGACCCAGGUGUACGCGAAUCAAUUUCCCAAAUAUAAUCCCGAACCGUUCCACGAGGCCGAUGCUGAGCCGCACGUCGUGUCUAGUGCCGAUGACAUUGUUAUGGCACCACAAGUCUGCCGAGCUGCUCUGCAACGGUCUGUUGCGAAACUGUUUUAUCAUGCCGGCUUUGAAGAGCUUCAGCCCUCGGCGAUGGACACCAUUACCGACAUUGCCGCCGACUACUUUGGCAAGGUCAUCAAGUCUUUCAAAUCAUACACUGAGAUUGAAAUGAUGGACCCUUGCUUGGAGUUAAUGCAACGCGGCUAUACCGCUCAGCCUCGUUAUAACGCCGAGGAGGCUAUACUGCAUACUCUCUCUGAAAGCGGUUACUCGGUUGAAGCACUGGAGAGCUAUGCCAAAGACGAGAUUGAAAGGCUUGGCCACAAACUCACUGGUAUUCACGAUCGCAUGAAAUCUCAUCUAGGUGAUCUUCUACGUCCUGCCGUUACCGACGCUACCCAGGACGGGGCAGCCGCAUUUGAUGAUGGGAGUGAGCAGUUUAUUGGAGGUGACUUUGCGGAGGAGCUUGGUGAAGACUUCUUUGGAUUCAAGGAACUUGGCCUUGCUGGAGAGAUGGGCGGUGUGCUCUCUGUUCCCCUCCAUCUUCUCCAAUCCAGAGUGCGUAACCAAUAUCAGGCCCAAAGCCAGACACAAGGGUCUUCCGACACGGUUCUCUUCGAAGACCUGGCGCCUCCGGAUCCUGUCACCAAGGAGAAUAUCCAGGAGCAGAUUGGCCUCGUCAAGAACUUCUUCCUCGCUAAGUUGCACGCUAAUGGCGACUCACCUUUGGUGGAGGAUGAAGACCUGCCUGUGAAACAGCGACGACCUCGACCCCGACUCGGUGCUACCGGCAAGAUCGUAUCUCCACAGAAGCGGCCUCCAAAGGAGCAGAAUGCCAUCAACAAAAAGAAGAAGAAGCUCGAGGCCCAGGCAGCUGAAGCUAGCAAGGCUGCGAACAAUAGUCCGGAGAAAGGUGGUCCGAAGAAGUCUAAGAGCAUAUCUGUACCGAACGGGACUGGCUCGGCCAAUGGUGGUGCAUCUCUUCCUGUUGCCCCUCCCAUGGAGCGUGCUGAUAGCCAAGGUAACAACAGCCAGGCAGAUAAGGAUGACACUGGCAUGAUGAGCCCCGAGAGCAUGGAGCGUUAGAGACGAGCAUGUGAACAAAAAGAAC